GUCCCGCAUGGACGUCAUUUAUAAAUUCUUCUCAAUCUAUUUUAUUUUACGAAAUUUAAGGAAAUUCGGAAGCCGAUCUAUUGCCUAUAUAAAGGAUAAACUGCACUAAUUCUCGUAUUUAAAGUAAUUUCUAUUUUUGCUUUACUGUACAAGGCCAUCAGGUUAUUAUGUUACUCAACAAAACCAGGUUGGUGGGUUACACGAAUCGGUCUCGGAAGAGCAAUAUGGAGGGUAACCCCACGUCAGAUAUCGUUAUCCUGAGCGGCAAUUCGCACCCGGAGCUCGCCGAUCUCAUCGCCAACCGCCUGGGUGUUCGCAAAGGAGGAUGUUCAGUGUAUCAUAAGACCAAUAGAGAGACCAUUGUAGAGAUUUCAGAUUCUAUCCGUGGAAAGAAUAUCUACAUAGUCCAGACUGGGACAAAAGAUGUCAACAACAAUAUAAUGGAACUCUUGAUCAUGGCAUAUGCCUGCAAGACCUCUUCAGCCCGAUCCAUUGUUGGAGUCAUUCCAUAUCUUCCAUACAGCAAACAAUGCAAGAUGAGGAAACGUGGCUGCAUUGUAACCAAGCUGCUCGCCAAAAUGAUGUGCAAGUCUGGUCUGACUCACAUCAUAACCAUGGAUCUGCAUCAGAAGGAAAUACAGGGCUUUUACGAAUGCCCGGUUGAUAAUUUGAGGGCAUCACCUUUCCUGCUCCAGUAUAUUCAAGAGAGUAUUCCGGACUACCGCAACUCAGUGAUAGUGGCUCGCAAUCCCGGGUCCGCUAAGAAGGCGACGUCCUAUGCAGAGCGGCUUCGUCUUGCCAUUGCAGUCAUACAUGGCGAGCAAAAGGAGGCAGAGAGUGACGAAGUGGAUGGACGAUAUUCGCCGCCAUGUUUACAGAGCGUGGACAGGUCGCGUACAAUGGACGUGAGCGUGGGCGUGCCUGUGCACCCGGCCAAGGAGAAGCCUCCCAUCAAUGUAGUUGGCGACGUUGGCGGCAGAAUAGCCAUCAUGGUGGAUGAUAUGAUCGACGAUGUGGCAUCAUUCGUAGCUGCAGCCGAGGUCCUCAAAGAGUGCGGCGCAUACAAAAUCUACGUCCUGGCGACACACGGCCUCCUGUCGUCCGACGCGCCCAGCCUCAUCGAGGACUCUCCCAUCGACGAGGUGGUCGUCACCAACACCGUCCCGCACGAGCUCCAGAAGAUGCAGUGCCACAAGAUCAAAACCAUCGACAUAUCCGUUCUCAUCAGCGAAGCUAUCCGUCGCAUCCACAACAAAGAAUCCAUGUCGUACCUAUUCAAAAAUGUCACUCUGGAAGACUAAUUUCUAUAUUCCAUAUAUGAUUAAGUAUUAUUUUUUAAGUAUUGUGUUCUUAUUUAGAUUGUGUCAUCAAUAUAACUCCAAUUUGUAUUAUACGGAAGAGUAUUGUAGAGGUGUAUUUUUAUAGGGCUAAUAUCAGCCGAAUAUAAGCUACAUUUUGUCGCCGGUUAUGUAUUUAAGGUAUUACUGUUUUUGUAUUUUACUGUAUUAUCAUUUCAUAUUGUUAAUGGAGUUGUAAUGUAAGUAUUGUUAUUGUUUAAAUGGUUAUGUUAUGUGACACAAGCAGCACUAUAUUGUUUAUUAAAAGGAAACUAUUUGGUGCAUUUAUUUACUAAAUUAUUUCGUUGGUGGCUGAGCCUCAACCAAUGAGGGCUAGCGUUUUUGUGCUCACGAACUAGAUGUAGGUCCAGAAAAACAGAUCUCAAAAUUCUUCUGUUUUUUUUUUAAAUCAAUACGUUCUAAUAUACACAAAGGUAUUUUAUCGUCUAAAUGGACCAUUUUUUCAACCUGUUUAAUUUAGCAUAUAUUUUAGUUAGCACUUUUUGUUUAUUUAGCUAUAUCUAUUGUUUACCAUGAUUAAUCAAAGAUGGACAAAUACUUACCACAAUUAUGUAUAAGGAGUGAAAAUUCCCGAUAAAAAGCUUGAAACUAUGACCUCCAUCUACACUAGCGCCCCUAGCGGCGAAAUUAAACGCGGUAGCCCUCAUUGAAGGUUUAGUUUGAAAUUGGACCUUACAGUUCUGUGAUUUAAAGUUUUUCACACUGUGAUUAUUAAGAUGUUCAAGUCACGCAAUAAACUUUGUACGUUUUGUAUUAUAAUAUAAAACAACUUUAUAACGAUGAAUUUUAUGUGAAUGUUUAUCUUAAAAAUUAUGUAUCUGCAUAAAUAUGUGGCCAAGAAUAAGAUAGAAAAUAUCUGCACACGCUGAGUAGGACAGGUUCCAGUAAACAUCGCAUACUGGUAUCGCUUUUAUGAAUGAUGGCCUGUAGUUAAGAUAAAUUAAUUGUAUAAUAGAGGUAAGACAAAAUGUAUUGUUUUGUUAGAAUAUAAUGUAAAAUAAAGUGUCUGCGGCAUUA